UUUCCACUGUAUAAUUUUUUUCCCUCUACUUCGCUUUCAAAAUUUUCAUAAAACAAAAUGGCGGGUCGUGGAAAAACUCUCGGAUCUGGGGUUGCUAAGAAAGCGACGUCUCGGAGCAGCAAGGCGGGUCUCCAGUUUCCCGUGGGUCGUAUCGCCCGGUUCUUGAAAAACGGCAAGUACGCCGAACGUGUCGGCGCCGGAGCUCCGGUCUACUUGGCCGCCGUACUCGAAUACCUCGCCGCGGAGGUUUUGGAAUUGGCUGGGAACGCGGCGAGGGACAACAAGAAGACAAGAAUCGUGCCGCGUCACAUUCAAUUGGCGGUGAGGAACGACGAGGAGCUGAGCAAGUUGCUUGGAGACGUGACGAUUGCUAAUGGAGGUGUGAUGCCCAACAUUCACAAUCUUCUUCUUCCCAAGAAGGCUGGUGGUGCUUCCAAACCUUCCGGUGACGACGAAUAGAUCUCAGUUCAGUUUCUAUAAUGUUGUCUAGAUUUAGAUUAGUCCUGUUUUAAAUCGAUCUUGUCUGUAAACGUUUGCAGUGUGUUUCAAUUGUAUUGUUUAGGUUAAACAUGUCUGGUCUUAAAAGAUUUGAUCUUGAACU